CCCUGGAAUACGAGGAGCGAAUUCUUCGAAGAAAUGGCGGGAGAACCGAGGAGUCUUCCGGUGAGGGAGCUGCGGACUAUUGUACUGUCAAUCGUGCUUUGCUUCGCUGUAGAGAUCGCAGUCGCCGACGCGCACGGACAGAGUAAGCACCUAUUUCGUCAACAUGAGUGUAAAAAUCGAGUGCGACACAAGGGAUAUUGCGAGUAAGAGAGAAUAACGAUAUUUUUGAAAAACACAAAAAAAUUACAUAUUGAUUUGUUAGAAAAAAAAUAGUUACAACAUCGUCAAAUAAACGUGAUUGAAGAUUGAUUCAUCCAAGAUCGACUGAACGAUAAGCUAUUUUUUUUCACCGAUGUCUCGCCUCGAGCAGGCGAAGAAGUGAUCGACAUAGGCAGAGGAUGAUUAUGCGGGAUACGCCUCGAUGAUAUCCGUUCGAGGGUGUAGCCUGUAUGUGUUUCUGCCUGUAUUGCGAUUGCGCAAGCUAACAUCGAGGAAACAAUGAGAGCGUCAUCGUAAGGCUAAACGGGGCCCCGGCUGUGCCCCGAUCGUGACGUGGCGGCCUUCGAGCGAUCGGAUCGGAUCGUCCCGUGACGGGGACCGAAAAUGACAACAGGCCGACCGGCGGUUUUGGUGAUGAAACGUUCCGGACGCGGCGUUUGUCCGCCGUCAUCGCGAGGAUGACGAAGACGUGGACGGUAAGCGGCUUCACGGGGCUCCUCGUCCUCGUACCCGUUACCGUCUGCGCGACGAUCACCUACGUCAACAGCAACGAAGACCCGUCGCGAUGCAACGAUCGCAAUAAUAAUAAUCGCAGUAGCAAUAAAACUUUCUCAGUGUGUAAAUACGAUGUCGACUGUAUCGCGAAUGCGUUUUGCAAAAACCAACAAACCUGCUCGUGCAAAGAAAAUCACAUCGAGUUCAGGACUAACAACAACUACAGAUGUCUAAGAGUGGCCACUCACAUCGGCGAUCCCUGCGAGGAAGAUAUCCAGUGUGAGUUUACAUUUACACCGCAGUCGGAAUGUCGAGAAGGCACUUGUCAAUGCGCCCACGAUUCUCACUUCACGGAUGGAAGGUGUUACGAGUCCGUCGGUUUAGGCAAACGUUGCCGCUCGAAUCGCAAUUGCUACAUCAAGAAUACCUUUUGCGAAUACGGUUUCUGCACUUGCGGUUUGCGUCAUCAUGCGAAUCCUGACAACACCGGCUGUCUACCGAGCGCCAAAUUAAACGAAGACUGUAACAGCGACGACGAAUGCGUGGUGGAGAAUUCGAGGUGCAUACACAACAGAUGCGACUGCAAAGUGGAUUAUGUGCUGGCCGAGAGCGGCAAACGGUGUUUAAAAGCCGCUUUUUGGAUCGGUGAAGAGUGCGAGCAGCAAUCUCAGUGCCAGAUGAGCCUGAAGCAUAGCCAAUGCGAUGCAAACGGGACGUGCGAUUGCGUCGUCGGCUCUCAUAGACGUGGUCGUCGAUGUUACGUCGAUGUUGAACUGGGCGGUCGUUGCGAGACUCACCAUCAUUGUAUCACUGGAAGUUUAAGGGAUUCCAAUUCGACGUGGAAAUCGAAAGUGGAUUGUGUUAAUGGUUUCUGCACUUGUACCGAUGGUUAUACCUUGAUGGAAGAGCUGCAGGAUUGCAUUCAAUUCACCGAUAACGGUGCAACAGGGUGGCAAGCGUACGGAAUACUUUCCAUCAUCUUUAUCGUGAAAUUUUUCGUAUCUUAAGGAUAUGAUGGAUAACAAUCUGUAUCCAACAGCGCUUUUCAUAAAUCUAUAAAAUUUCGUUGAUUUAAUUUAGAGUAUUUAAAUAUAUAGAGUGUCGUAGAGC